CGGUACUCGUGGCUGCAGACGCUACAUUCAUCUCACCCGAUCAUCAAUCUUACCUUAAAUACAGUUUGAGUACCAUGACUUAGUUCAAGUCAUCGCGGUCUUCGAAGCGCACACAUUCUGCCGUGCUCAGCCUUGAGCCAACGCCAGCAGACUCGAUGCCGCCCUCUCGCUCUCCCGUCGAUGCGCGAAGAUCUCGAGCUAACGAGGACCGCAUGAGCACCUCUUCGCGCUCUCGCUCGCCCUCGUCUAGGAAUGGAAGGCGGAAUAUGUCCGCAGAGGAUCGAGGCCAUCGGAGGGGACGCAGCUCCAGCUCGUACACCAGGAGCGUCUCAUCCAGAAGCAGAAGCAGGAGUCGGAGCAGAAGCCGAGAUCCAGACCGCAAGCCUUCUGCACAAAAAGCACCCUUCAGCAAGAUCAAGCUACCCGAUCCCGGCGAUGAUGCUACCCCGUUCGUGCUGCGUGUACACGCGAGACAGGGUCCCUUCAGACCACUAAAAGAUUUCGAUCACGGUCGCAGGGACGCGCCUCAGGUUAAGAACAACGAGUUCAAGCUCUACGUCUGGCGAACGGCUAAUCUGCGAGAUGUUGCAGCUCUGUUACACCUAGCACAGCCAAACAUCUCCAAUCCAACGACGCAUCAUGCAUUUCGACUCGUAUACUUCGACUCGCGGCGGUCCGAGAUGGCAGCUCGAGAAAUUGCAGCGCACGUCACCCGGGUCAAUCCUCUGCAAUCUGUAGAUCAAGGGCUACUACCAUCGGCCAUUUCCGACAAGUUGGUCAAGGAAGUGGACGCUAUCUCGAAUGAAAGAGCGGCAAAGACGACAUUGCAAGAUAUCAAUGUGGUCGAUGGGGACAUGAUAGAUGUCAGUCUGACCAACCCAUCCCACGCUUCUGGCGGAGCUGGGCGAAGCGCUAGGGAUAUCAGCGUGGCUGCCACAGGCCCGUCCAGAGAUCUCGCCGCACGGAAUGCGGAUCGUCGCGAUUUCUAUGAGCGAGCAGAUGAGCAACGAAGAGGCUCGUACAGAAGAGAGGACGACGAGAGAAGAGCUUAUACAGCGAUCAGAGAUGCCGGAGAAAGGAGAAGAUCGUACGCGCGGGAAGAGCAAGAAGCGCGCUAUCCUGUCUCUAGAGGCCACGAUAGAUACGAAGGAAGGAAAGGUAAUUCAUCUCACAGAAGCCAUGAUCGCAGCGCGAGCCCGCCUUAUAGAUCUCGUAGAUCCAGAAGCCGAAGUCCGGUCAGGCGGCCACCUAGGUCUGUCAGCAGAAGCAGAAGUCGUAGUCCUCCGAGGCGUUCCAGCAGGCACUGAGCGAGCUGUACACCAGACGCACUUCUGCUCCAUCGAUGACUUCACGCAUGUCCACAACGCUCACUUGCCCACGUCGCCUGGUCAAACUGCCAGUCUGAAG